AUGUCCCUAACGAAGAUCAGAAGCUUGUUGAGGAAGUAUCCUGACUUGGGAUUCAAAAUCCUUUGUAACAUUUGCGUAUUUGCCGAACCAUCCUUAACUCAGUGGCUUAAUUCCAUCCUGAAGAUAUUUAUCGUUAAUGCAUUACAGCUUGAUUGCUUGGGCCUCUUAUGCUUGGAAUACUUCCGAAAGGCAUUUAAAGUAUGGCUCAAGGAAGGAAUCACCAAGGAGUUGUACUUCCCUGAAGAUGGCCCAGCAAGUUUUGGUCACCUCCUCGACUGGAUCUUCGGUCAGAAGCUUGACUGUAGAAUGAACCAUGGGUCCGAUGCAGGGCAAAUAUUAGAUCAUAACCCCCAUUGGUGGAGGCUUGGAGCUCUUGCUAAUAAGCUUGGUGUCGAUGCUCUAUCUACAAUUGUUGCAGCUCAAUAUUAG